AUGGGGAAAGAUUCUCAGCUUCAAGCUGUUCUUGGUAAGGAUGUUUUGACCAAAGUUCGCGCCGCUAAAGUGCUUCUUGUCGGGGCUGGGGGUAUUGGAUGUGAACUUCUUAAAGACCUUGUGCUUAUGGGAUAUGGAGAAAUUCAUGUGGUCGAUUUGGAUACCAUUGAUCUCAGUAACUUGAACCGUCAAUUUCUUUUCCGUCACAAGGACAUCAAAAAGCCAAAGGCCAGUACUGCUGUUGCUGCGGUAGAAACUUUUAAUUUCCAUAAUUCAAAACUUGUAUCGUAUAUGGCAAACAUCAUGGAUACUAAACAAUUCCCACUUUCUUGGUUUGAUCAGUUCAACUUCAUUUUCAAUGCCUUGGAUAACAUCGCUGCCAGAAGUUACGUGAACAAGAUGUGCCUUUUUCUUAAGAAACCUUCGAUUGAAAGUGGUACCACUGGGUUUAACGGUCAAGUGACUCCAAUUUUUCCUUACCAGACUGAAUGUUAUGAAUGUACUGUAAAAGAGACCCCAAAGACCUAUCCGGUUUGUACAAUCCGUUCCACUCCUUCUCAGCCUGUACAUUGUGUCACUUGGGCUAAGAAUUACUUGUUUGGUCAAUUAUUUGGCGAAGAUGAAGAAACCUCUCCAACGGAUUUUGGUACGGAUAACCAAGACGAAAUCAAAAACAUGGUCAGUGAACAAAAUGAAUUGAAAGAACUCAAGAAUUUAGCUACCAAGGAUGAUUUCUUUGAGAGCGUUAUUGAUAAGAUCUUCAUCAAGGAUAUUAACAAACUUUUGGCCCUCGAGGAAUUAUGGAAAACAAGGAAGAGACCAAUCCCUCUCGCAUGGGAUUCAUCCGUUAAAGACAAAAUCGAGGCAAUCACUGACAGUGAUGUGGCUCGUGGACAAGAUGUUUGGCCAAUCGAAAAAUAUAUUUUCCUUCUUAUGCGUUCGAUUAAGGAACUUCAGCAGCGUCUUGCCGAUGGCGAAACCGAUCUUGAGUUCGACAAAGAUGAUGAAGUCACUCUAGAUUUUGUUGUCGCUGCCACAAACAUCCGUUCACAUAUGUUCCAUAUUCCCCUCAAAUCCAAGUUUGAUAUCAAACAAAUUGCCGGGAACAUUAUUCCUGCCAUCGCCACCACCAAUUCUAUCAUUUCCGGGUUUUCUGCCCUCGCAUCCCUUCAAAUGUUUACUCCUAAUCCUCGUGAAGGCGCCAAGAUGGUUUAUACUUUCCAGGACGCCACUAGAUUCGUUAGCACUUCCAGCGUUGUGGAAUCCAAUCGUAAGUGCAAAUCAUGUUCUAUUCCACGAGGUGUUCUCAAAAUUAAUCUAUCACACCCAGAGAUUGUGCUUGGUGACGUGGUGGACGCUCUUGUAAAAGGGUUUAAAUAUGGACAUGAUGAAAUUGCCCUUAUUCUAGGUAAAGAUCGAUUGAUCUAUGAUGUUGAUUUCGAUGAUAAUAAAGACAAGAAGCUUGCUGACAUAGGCUUCCAAGCUGGGGAAGUGCUACUUGUGAAUGAUGAAAAUGAUGAAAAGGCAACGGUUGAGCUAUACAUUGAAGCCAUGGAUUCUGGCAAAAUUGAAGUCCCGAAUAUGGAGUUGCCUGACGCACCAGAGAAGGAAGCGACAGAAGAACAGGAAGACGAAAAGGAAGAUGAUGAUGUUUUGCAAGCUAUUAGUGAUGAUGCUCCAAUUAUUAUUGAUGAAGAAGAAGAGGCAGAGGAGGCAUCAAAGAAACAUAAACUUGAUGAGAUAGAUGAGCAUGAAACUACUACGUCCAAAAAACAGAAAACUUCAGAAGGACAAGAUCAUGUUUUAAUUGAGUAG